AUGCAAGACAGAAACUUGGCCGCGUUUGAUUCAUUAUCACGAUUACGUGUUUUGGGCUUAAUGGAUGUCACUCUAUUGAAUCUCUCGGUGCCUGAUGAUUCAGAAGACAGACGAGUUCGUACUUCUGGCUCAGAAGUGAAUUCAAUGGCAUAUGGAAUGGCCGACACAUUAGGACAAUUAGAGCAUUUAUCCACCUGGGAAGCCGUAGUCCCAAAAUUUAAUAAUCGAGAGGAUGAAUGCCUAUUUGGAUUGUUUGAUAGUCGUGUCGGUAGUAAUCAAGGAGGUCGAGUCACUAAAUAUUUACAUGAUUGGUUCCCAUUCCAUUUCAGUUCGGAACUGAAAAAAUUAAGAGAUAAUAAUGAUACAAUUGAAUCGGCUUUACGUCGUUCUUUCUUGAGUUUAAAUAAAGAACUCGGUGCUAAAGUCUUCAACUCCAAUUUAGAGAUGAAUUUAGAUUUUCAACGUGAAAAAAAUGCGGCUUCAAAUCUCGGUAUCGACGACAAUAAAUCCGGUGCUUCUGGUUUAAUCGCGUAUAUAAAAGGCACAACAUUGUAUGUGGCGAACGUCGGUGAUAUUGUUGCUGUAAUAUCUCGUAACAGGGGAAAUGCAUCACCAAUUGCACAAAAACAUUCACCAAUGACACCAUCGGAAAUAGCAAGGAUUCGAAAUGCUGGCGGAUUUAUUUCCCACAAACGUUUAGUUAAUGGGGAAUUAGAAGUGUCACGUUCAUUCGGGCAUUUUCAUCUGAUACCUGCUAUUAAUGCAAAUCCAACUGUUGAAAUUGUUCAUCUUGAAGAACAAGAUGAAUUUAUUAUAAUAGCCACCCGUGGAUUAUGGGAUCGAAUAUCUUAUCAGACUGCAGUGGACAUUGCAUAUAAUGAAUACACAGAACGAGGAGAUUUGAUGCGCGCUGCUCAAAAGCUACGUGAUUUUGCCAUCGCUUAUGGUGCCGAGGAUAGCAUUAUGGUGAUGAUAGUUGGAGUAGAAGAUAUCUUCGGAAGAGGAACAAGAAAAUGGGAAUCUAAAGGAACCGACAAUUCAAAUAACAUUGUAGGAAAUACUUAUUAUAUUCGUGCUCGUCGUCGAGAUGAAGACAAACCGAGUGACUCAACAAUAGCACGAUUGCAAAAAGAGAUUGAACCACCGACCGGAAAAAUAGCUUUAGUUUUUACCGAUAUUAAAAAUUCUACGUUCUUAUGGGAGACAAUACCAAUUGCAAUGCGACACGCAAUCAAAUCACAUAAUUCAAUUAUGCGUAGACAAUUACGUAACAUUGGUGGUUAUGAAGUGAAAACCGAAGGUGACGCUUUCAUGGUUUCUUUUCCCACUGUGUCGUCUGCAUUAUUAUGGUGUUUCACGGUACAAAUGCAAUUAUUACGAGCCGAUUGGCCGAAUGAACUUUUGGAAUUGGUGGAUGGUAAAGAGGUUUAUGGUGGACACGAUUCGGACUUAAUAUAUCGUGGAUUAAGUGUACGAAUGGGAAUUCAUUGGGGUUCACCAGUAUGCGAAAUUGAUCCAAUAACGAAAAGAAUGGACUACUUUGGACCAAUGGUCAAUAGAGCUGCAAGAAUAUGUAACGCGGCUGAUGGUGGUCAAAUUUGUGUUAGUGCUGAUGUUGAGAGUGAGAUACGCCUAUUAGAGGCAAUGAUAGACAAUGAUCCGACGAUGGGAACAAGUCGAAAGAAUAGUCAAGAUGCUGAGGGAGAAUAUGAAGUCGCAGCUGCAGCUGCCGCAGCACUUGAGUCAAAUGGUCGGGUUGAGGGACCACCAAGUCUUAGCAGCAAUAGUGGUAUAGACAAAACUAUACUCUCAUUAAGAAAAAUGGGUUUUGUCGUAAGAAAAAUCGGUGAAACCAAACUAAAAGGUUUAGAAAAUCCCGAAGAAUUAUCAUUGAUUUAUCCUGAACCUCUAAAAGGUCGUUUGGAAGAAGAUCAAAAAAAAGCAAACCAAAGAAGCUCCGUGAUUACACCAGAGAAAAUAUACGAACCAUCAACUCAAAUUCUUGAUCCAUCGUCUAUUCGUGCUCUCGGAUACUUAUGCCUACGAUUGGAACGUGUAGCAUCGGGCUAUGUGAAUACUCGUAGGACGCGAAAUUCAAGAACUGACUAUUUAACUGGUCUUUUAACUUUUCAUGUAAAAGAUAAUGCUGAUGACGAAGAAUUAUUACGGAUAACUGAAAGUUUAAUUACUCGAAUUGAGAAUGCCAUCUCGACAUUAGCUCUUAAAAAAGUCGGUGCAUAUUCCAAGGUGCUGGAUACAAUUAUUACUGAUCCUGAACUCGUUUCGAAAGCGUUACAGAUGUGUAUUCAAAUAUUGGGUGCCUCGAAAUAA